UGCAAGUGUCCGGCAAGCGGCGCUGCGCCCUGGUGCGUGCGGAAGCCCGAGGAAAGGAAGGCGCAGGCAGUGGCGGCGCCUGGUCAGCCAUGGCGGGGCAACGAGGCGGGGAGCCGGCGAAUUACGUCUCUCGCCUCUCGGCAUGGGCGGACGAGCACCUCACCCUCGUCCGGAACAUCAGCACUGGAAUGGCGAUAGCUGGAGUAAUUUUACUUGCAAAGAGUGUAAAAUUGAACUAUCUGAUGAGAUACAUUGCUUUAGAAAAGACAACCAAAUUCACAACUGCUAUGGAAAUACCAGUGGAAUUUAUAGAGAAGAACGUUAAGUUGCGGGGACGGUUGCACCGAAUAAGUGAACGAGGAUUGGAAAUUGAACAUGUUCCCAUUACCCUUCCAAUCAUUUCAUCUUUGCAGAGAAGAUGGAAUUCAGAUGGUUUAUUGCUGAUCAGACUUGCUGGUGUGGAGCUAACACCAGAUGGCACGGUCUGGUUGAAAGAAGAGGUAAAACCCCCACAGAUGAUGUGGUUCCAACUUCUGGAAAGGAAGGACUCAGCGCUUGAUUGCCUUGUGGUAGUAAGUAAGGGUAGAUUUUCCAGUAUCUGCCUAAAUGAAGAAAUCCUGAGACGAGGGCUUGGCAAGACAGUCCGUAUUGACGGACUAGCUCACGAAUCCCGGAUAUAUUGGAAACUCCACAAGAGGCUCCUUCGAGCUGAAUUGAAAGCCGUGAGGAAAAAUAAAGGAAUCUGGAAAGAAGAAACCUUAAUUGAGAAGCUGAAAGAGCGUAUAAGAAACAACAGAUACAUGCAGAAGUUAAAACAAUUUGCAACCUGGCUAAGCAUCCGCCUCUAAAAUCGAGGGGUUUGUUGAGGAGGAAGAACACACACACACCAGAUGGAGAAGGAUGCAACACUGUAUUUUCCUACUGUCAGAAUACCACAACUAAUGCCUGGCCUUCUGUUGGUGGCUUCUGCCUUAGGGGAAGAAAACGAAAACAUCACAGAACAUGUUUCUGGAGGAGAUAGAUGCACAUAGUGUAUACAGACAUUAGUUUAAUUCAGAUGUAAGUUAUCCAAAAGUAUAAAAACAGAGACCCAAAUCUAGGCCACGUAACAUUCCAGCAAGAGAAUAAAACUGAAAGCUUGCUUCAUAGAGGGAAAUACUUGAAUUAACUGGGGUAUGUCUCAUCCAUGCAUGUGGCUGCUGUCAGUCCUUCCCUAAUCGUGGAGCACCUGAAUUAGGCAGCAGACAGAGUGGAGAAGCCUUUUUCCUCCCUGUGAGGUUGUGAGUGGAACAUAGGCUCAGUUCCCAGGAUUGGGAACCACCGUUCUUAAUCAGCUAGUGCUGAUUUCUUCUGCUGCAUCAGGCCUGUGAUGAGGUGGUAAUGUACUGAACAGUGACUUGAAUUCCUAAAUGCUCUUUUGGGGUAAAUUUAGUUCACGGCAUCAGCAUGAGCACAACACCUUUGCUGUAAACUGAUGCAAUUUGACAUUGGUGCUGCCAUCAACUGAAAACGUGGGCAUUUGCCACCAGUGGGUUCCGUAGUCUCUGUUCCCAGGUAUAUUACAAGUGUACGGUGACAUACAUUGCACCAUGCACAAGCUUUAAAAUCGGAAUCGCAGUUCUUGGUUUUUGGUUCCUGGGAAUAUACCAGGACUGUUCUAGAAGAAGUUGCUUUCACUUGAUUCUGGUUGUAUUCUGAGGUUUGGUUCUAAUGCAACUGAUGCGUGGGGUACUGUGCCAUGUUCUGUGCUAUCUAUGUGAGUUGUGAUUGGCUGAAAUCCACCGAACCGUGUGGGGAAACAGCUUCUCAUGAACAGCAUCACACCCUCUACUGAGCAGUGCCUACACGACAGCAUUACAAACCACUGCACAUAGUUGUGGCUUGCGUCAGUUAGGCCUUGGUUGGUUCCAUAGGAGCUGAACAGAUUUAAAAGUAAAGGGACACUGCUUACAUGGCUUUUGAACUGCUUUCUAAGGUUGCAGUGCCAGUUGAAAUGGAAAUUCAUUCCUGUAUGACCUUCGUUAUGUAUUCCUGCCAAGAUUAAUUGACCUGAUUGAUGAUCAUAAGAUCUGAGCACUUGACUCAUGUUUACUUUGGUGGAACAUUAUGUAUGCCUGAUUGUUCUGAACCAUUUAAUUUAUAUGCUUAGCUAGAAUUUGGCGGCCCGAUGAUAAGGCUACUGUUUUAAUAAUCUUGCUAAACAAUCUAGAAUAUGAUAAUAUUGUACACGGAGGAUAAACAUAGUAUUUCUCCUGUUGUCCUGUAUAAUUUUUGAAAAUUGCUCCCUUAAAAGGAGUGUGUCAUAUAUAUAGUCAUUAAAAGCUUAACAUACUUA